GCUCAGGGAGUGAUAGUCAUACAGGAGCCAAGCAGACUCGCGUCAACCCUCUCAAAAAACAAAGCUUUUCUUUUUCACUGUCCUCAGACGCUCUGACGUUUUGCGCAAUAGCGGACAGACACAUAUUUAUACGGCUCGGGAAGGAGUUGGCAGUUUAUUGGUGCUUUGUACUUGUGCUCUCUGACACUGCUGUGCUUGCUCAGAGGACUGGACUUACACUACUGACGACUAAUCAUCAUCCCCUGAGGACAACAUGGCACAGAGGCAAAACUCCAACAAAGACCCCAGCAUCGAACUCUUCAUUAAGGCGGGCCACGAUGGAGAGAAUGUGGGCAACUGCCCCUUCUGUCAAAGACUCUUCAUGGUGCUUUGGCUGAAAGGAGUCAAGUUUACCGUGACCACCGUCGACAUGAAGAAGAAGCCAGAGGAGCUGAAGGCAUUAGCCCCUGGGACCAACCCCCCUUUCCUGCUCUACAACGGCACACUGAAAACAGACUUCAUCAAGAUCGAAGAGUUUCUGGAGCAGACCCUUGCCCCUCCAACGUACCCACAUCUCAGUCCCCUCAACAAGGAGUCCUUUGAUGUUGGAGCAGACAUCUUUGCCAAGUUCUCUGCUUAUAUUAAAAACAGUCCCACUAACGCCUUUCAGGAGAAGAACCUGCUGCGUGAGUUUAAACGUCUGGAUGACUUCCUCAACACUCCCCUGCCUGAAGAGAUUGACCACAACUCCAGGGAAAACAUCAUCGUCUCCAAGAGGAAGUACCUGGACGGCAACCGCCUGACAUUGGCCGACUGCAACCUGCUGCCCAAACUACACAUCAUCAAGGUGGCAGCUAAGAAGUACUGUGGCUUUGAGAUCCCAACCCAGUUCACAGGCGUCUGGCGCUACCUGAGGAACGCCUAUGAGAGAGAGGAGUUCACGCAGACUUGCCCUGCUGACAUUGAGAUCGAGAAGGCCUAUCUGAGUGUGUCCACCAAAAGGCAGUAAACCCUCACCAGUCUUCCCCCGAUUCACACACUGUUACUAAAGAGAGUUUUGCCAUUGGCUUUGCCACAGUUGGGGCCUAAGUGUACAUGUGUUUUUAUGCUACAUUUAUAUAAGGGUGCCCAUGUGAAAGUCUUAUAGGUUUAAAAAGAGAAUAGUGGUCUGGAAAAUUUGUCAAAAUACAAAAUAUUCCUAGACAAAAUUUCAGAACCUUCAGCUUUCAAUAGAAUGUUUUAUGCACUGCAUUAAGGAAAAAAUAAUAAUCCGCAGGUAUUUCAGCAAAUGUGGAAUGGCUGCAACUGACUGUUCAUGUGUAGUAUAUAUCAGCAAAGAAUAUAGACAAAUGCAAGUGAUACUCAAUACUGCAAACCCCAAAGAAAGGCCAAGUGUGCAAUUGACUGUAUAUCCACUUUAGAAUUUUGUUAAUAUUGUAAAUAAGUGUUAAUACUUUUGUAUGAGACUAAAUGUGCUUGCAUGUUUAUUUUAUUUAAUCUUGUCAACUGUGUGAUUGAAAUGCAUUGAAUGGAAUGACUUUUAGAAUUACAAGGUUGUGAUAGGUAUAGCAGUACAUUAUUUCCACAUCAACACAGUUCACAGUGUUUUAUUCAACGAAUAAGACAAGCGUUCAAACCAUACUUAGGACGGAAUGUUAAGUACCAAAAAUAACAGGGUUUGCACAUAAAUGGUUGUACUGUUAUACUGUUGAAAUCAUCUGAUAUAGUAUGACCUAGAUUGAAAUAUUUCAGCUUUAAAUGUAAAAAAAAAUAAAAGAUUCUAAAGAUAUGA